CGUCGAGAAUCGCCUCGCGAUCUGUGGCGAUCUGCCGUGCUUGUUGCGAAUGCGUCAACGUUCGUGCUUUUUCUAGGAUUCAAAUCGUGUUUAAUUUGGGGUGUCUCGUUGUCGGGUUCAAUUCAGCUCUUGGUGUUUCAUUUUUCUUUCGCGAUGUUUAAUGUUUUCUCAGGCUAGGUCUUUCAGAAAAGCGUCGUCUUCGCGUCCCUGAUGGCCGCAGUGCAAGCGUUCGAGCAAGCGCCGACCGUUAUUCCCUGGGAUAAACCAGAAGGCGGCAAAGAGAUGGAGGCUUCCGUGCCCGUGGACCCAAGCCAAGCUUGGGAGAAUGCGCGCAAAGCCCUUGAGAAGGUGCAGACAACCAACGGCAAGACCACACCUGGCACUGAACAGCCACCUGCUCCUGGCUAUGGCGCAGGCUUCGGCUACCCCUUCUGGCCUGGCCAGCAGCAGCCGCCGCAACAGGGAUGCAUGUAUCCCGGCUACAUGGGGUACAAUGGCUAUCCGCCUCAAGGGCCUGGAGGUGCCGGCUACGGCUUCUACCCCAAUUAUCAGAACAUGUAUGGUGGCGGCUAUUUCCCGGCGUCGCCGCCGGUGCAGUACCCGCAGCCUGGAGGCGGCGGGGCAGCCGGUAACAGCGGUUCCCCCACAUCCGGCCCAUCUGUCGCUUCGGGGGCACCGCCGCCCCCUCCUGGCGAGCAGGCCCCUUCCGAGAAAGAGGGCGCUGCCUCCGAAGCGCCUGCGAGUGGCACCCCACCCCAGGCGCAGCAGCAGCAGCAGCCCCAGCCUCCCAUGGGGUUUGGCCAACCGGGCCCCGCUCCUGGCUUUGGCCCGGGCUUCGGUGCAGGCUAUUGCCCACCGGGUCCUGGCUAUGGCUUCUACUACGGCUACAACGGGAUGGUGCCCAACGGCGAGAUGGGGCCCAGGGGACCAGCGCAGUUUGGCGCAGGCAUGCAGGGAAAGCAGGCACCUGGCGCAGGUGGCGUCCGGUUCAACCUUCCCAAGCGAGGCAAGUUUGGCGGGCGGGGUGGUUCCCGUGCCAAUGCCUUCCAGCAGCAGCGCAUGGCACAGGGUGGCGGUCAACGGUCAGCCGCCGAUGCAACUCAGCGCCUCGAGGACUGCAUGGCCAACUUGACUCCACACGGUGGGGACUGGCCUGAAAGCCUCAAGCGGUAUGCCAUGCGUGCCUUUGGCAAGUGCAAAUCCGAGCUGGAUCGCGAUCAGGUGGAGAUUGUGCUCAAGGGCAAGCUGACCAAGAUGUACCGGGACGGUGCCAUGUGGUCCAUCGACUGGGACAAAGAGCCACUGCCUAGCAUCCACAGUGAGCGUCUGCAACAGGAGCAGCAAAAGACUGGGCCGGGUACGGCAAUCGGGGCUUCUGGCCCAGAGGGUGCAAAUAAGGGUGGCAGUGGUGCCUUAGGGCUCGGCCUGCCACUGCAACCGCCUUUGGGCAGCACGGCUUCUUCCAAGCUGCCGAGCCCGUCCAAGCCGGGUGUGGGCUUGGGCCGGCGGCUGGGUGGGUUAAUGGCCGGGCGGCUAGGCCCCCAGACCACGCCUGCAGGAGCUGCCGGCGGCAGGCCCUCUUCCUCGGCCAGCGGUGGUGACUCGCCACCCGGUUUCAUUCCGCUCAAGAGCGGCGGCGGUCGUCGGGGCGACUGGGGUCGAGGGUCGUCGUCGUCGCGCAGGUCUCCGCGGUCUCGUUCGCGGUCUAGGUCCAGGUCGUGGUCUCCUCGGUCGCGCAGCCCCGCCCCAACACAUACCCCGGCCAGGGACCGUCGGAAGAAGAGGCGUUCGAGCAGCUCCAUAGAGUCAAGCCCCAGCCCAGAGGUAACUCGCUCGUCCAAAAAGGUUCUCAACUCCAGCGUCUCUUCCUACAGCCACGGAGGUAAUAACAAUGGUGGGAAAAACAAGAAGUCUGGCCAGGGUGGCCGCAAGGCCAACAAGAAGCAGAAGAAGCAGCAGCAGCAGCAGCAACAACAAAUGAUUCAGUUUCAGGUGGAGGAGGACAUGGCGACCACGGAGAAGCUGCAGAAGCGUGCGGCGCGCUUUCAGUCGGCGAUCUCUGCAGGCAAGAAGAAGCGGCCCUUCUCGCUCGUGCUCAGCAUCAACGCCGGCCCCAACCUGGGGCCCUCCUCCGGCGACGGGGACACUGAGCUGGACUGGGAGUCCUUCCCCAUCGUGGGCACCUGCCAGGACCUCGAGAAGCAGUACCUCAGGCUGACCUCGGCUCCCGACCCAUCGACCAUCCGUCCCGUGGAGGUCCUUCGGGAGUCGCUGGACAUGGUGAAGGAGCAGUGGCUGCAGAAGCAGGACUACCACUACGCCUGCGACCAGCUCAAGUCGAUCCGCCAGGACCUAACGGUCCAGUGCGUGCGGGACCCUUUUACUGUGCAGGUUUACGAGACUCACGCCCGCAUAGCUCUCGAAAAGGGUGACCACGAGGAGUUCAACCAGUGCCAGACACAGCUGAAGACCCUGUACCAGGAGCUUCACAGCGGUAACGCCCUGGAGUUUCUCGGGUACCGCAUCCUCUACAAUGUCUUCGCCAGGAACACGUUAGAGCUGAAGACGAUCCUGGCGCACCUGAGCUCGUCGGAGAAGACGGACGAAGUGGUGAAGCACGCCCUGGAGGUGUGUCACGCGUGGAGCCUUGGUAACUAUGCGCGGUUUUUCAAGCUGUAUGAGCGGCCGCCCAAGAUGUCGGGCUACCUCAUGGAUUGGUUCGCGCUGCGGGAGCGCCGCAAUGCGCUAAAGGCCAUGGUCAAGGCAUACCGCCCAGUUUUGCCGGUAGAGUAUGUUGAGCGUACGUUGGGCUUCGCCGACCGCGACGACGUGCUCGCGUUCCUGGCCGAGCUAAACGUGACCCUGGCAGAGGACGGCGCCAGCGUCGACUGCAAAGAGUCCCUGGCAGCCGUGCUUGCCGCCUGAGCAUCGGCUGCCAACACUGCGGUUGCCGCGGCGACAGUGGUGGUUGCGCCCUUUUCCUCCCCUCGCUCACCCCUCUUUCCUCCUUCCUGUCAACAUCCUUUUACCCCCAGCCGCCGCCUUUGCCCAGGAGAAGGGGUAGUGUGUGCGUAUCUCCCGUCCUGUCCUUCUUUCCGGAAAAGCCCCGGAAGCAAGUUCAGCUGGGAGUGUGACCACGGCGUCACAGACUGUAAAUAUGUGCAUUUCGUCCCCGCGUUCGGUGCACCUGUGCUCGCAAGCGUCGGCAACGCACGGUCCUCCGUCAGGGGAGGCGGGCUGGCUGCUGAGCAAAGGUUUCCCGGACGGAAGACGUCGAGAAGGCGGGGGUUCUCUUUCCUCGCCAGCUACGGACAGUUGUGUUCCUGCCGUGGGUGGGUGUGGGAAGCAAGGAUGGGUAUUUCGUGUUUGGAAGCUGUUGGGGAAGCGAAAUCGGAAGCGCGCAUUCUCUACUACUUUCGCGAUCAACCAGUUGCAGGGGCUUCGAUUGCACAGUCAGCUCUGACGUGUGCCUCAUGAACUUUUUUCGAGCUGCUUCGGUCCGCCCAAUGCUCUCGAGGAUGGUCUCACCAGGUCACGGCAUUGGGGAAGGGGCAAAAUUCGACUACUGCCUACAGAAAAAUCGCCGCUCCGCCCCUGGAAGGGGCCUAAAUAAUACCCGAGAAGUGCAGAACCAGGUCUGCUCUUCACCUGUUCCAGCUCCGACCGGUGUCAUUUUCUCCGGUCGACGUUCAAGUCAUCGACAACUGGUAAUGCCUUUCGACUGCUGGGCCAGUCCUGGAAUCGCAUAGAUCAACUCUUCAGCUGCAGCAGGCUCCAGCAAGUCGUCAACGAUAUCCAGUGCAGCCAGACGAGCCAUUGCCAGCGGUCUUAGCUAGGUCUACAGCUGUUUCCCCGAGAUUUUAUUGGCUGCUUUAAUAUCGCUCGGAACCGUUAAUGUAGUGGCUGGCAGCCACCAUGUUGGCAGUCAGAAAUUCUUUGCCAAACCGUACAUGGUCAUGCUUCAGAGCUUAUUUGCACAAGAACAAGUGUAAUCACAACAGAAGCAGCUCAGCUGUGCCUGACUUGGUAAGACAGAAAUGCCAAGCCAGGCUAGCUAGCUUUUCUCACAAUUCAGCUUGUCAUGCAACCAUUCUAUCCAGCACAGCCUGAAGGAGCUUGCCAAGCUGAAUGGCUAAGCUAAAGAGUGUGUCAAUGUCUUUGGGGUGUAUCAGCCGUCAAGUUCUCAAGACCUCCCCCUUUCCUCCUAAUGAUUGCAGUUGUCUGUGCACUGUUGACAAUCAAUGAAACAGUGCCAAACACUGCACAGCCAAUGUCAAGGAUCACCGGAAGACAUCUUUCUAAGGUAAAGGUCUUCUAGAAGUCUCGGCUGGCCAAAGCAAUGGCUCCCUGGCUCUCCUCCCAAGCCUCAUCAAGCCUCAGGUUCAAGCUGGGUCAACCAUGUUGCUGAAGCGCCGAUUGUCACCAGGCUGCUCUUUGCGCAGAUUUUCCAGAUGGAGUCCGUCUACUUCGGGAAAUGCAGAAGACCCAUCAUGACGCCAGCAAGAUCCGGUGGAACCCUCCAUUCCAGGAACGAAGAUAACCACAAAGGUAACAAGUCUUGUGGCACCUAUGUGAUACGAAAGCCGGUGCUAAGGACAUUUCACAAAAUGCCUGCCCAGUUUUUCUUGAGCCAGUGCUAGUCACUGGUUGUGUGUGCAUAAGUUAUGCCCGUCGAGGACAUUACUACAUCUACCACUUUGCCAGGAGGAGAUGCAAUGUGUUCAUUCUGUACAUAAAUUAUGUAAAUGUGUAAGUAGCCGAGUAAAAAAGCACCUUAUAUGUGAAUGUGUACAUAAUGUAAAUAAUAAAAAGUAAAUUUGC